UUCAUCAAUUCUUUCACAUUCUUGUGUUAUUGAAUUAAAGAUUUCUAUUCUGAUUUAUAAUUACUUUAAAUUCUACUGUUAUUCAAUAUUUGAUAGAUUUUGUAGUAAUGUUAAUUGAAAAGAAUUUAAUGGAAAAUGUAUUGUCAAUAUGUAAAGAAGCAAUUCCUUAAUUUUAUGAUGAGAUUUGUCAUCCUAGUAAAAUUCUAACGGUGGUAGUAUAACAAAUAUACCGAUAUUUUGAUUUGUACUCCCACCUAAAAACAAAACAAGCGAAUAACAGAAAUAUCUUUUGUAAAUGUUUUCAGAAAAUCCCUACAAAUUAGUACUUAUCAAAACUUCAAAUUGUUGUUGACAAUAAUCAAAUAACUAGAUCUCGACCCGCACAACCGUGCGGAUGAUUAUUUUUAUAUACAUAAUUAUUUAUUUUACAUGGCUAACUAUAAUAUUUAACAUAUUACAAAUUGUUUAAUAUAACAUUUUAGAGUGAAUAUACCGUGACUUUAUUCGCAAGUAAUCUUGUAUAUUAAUUGUAGAAUAUUUUAAAUAAGUUGGUAUGGUUAAUUGUAUCGUAGAUAUGCAUAUCUUGAUAUAUUAGAGGAUAUUCUUCUUAGUUGUUUCGAUAUUUUAUUGCUAAAUUUUAGGACAUUUCAAAUCAGAUUUGAGGGGAAGUUAUAAUUCGAUAAUAUUGUUAGAAUAUCCUUUUUUGAACGUUAUUGUAACAUGAUAAUGUGUAAAUUAGUUGUUUCGAUAUAAGAAAUAAUAUAUAAAAUAUAUCUUAUUUUAUUGUUGCAACAGAAACUUGGUUUUGAAAAAUCUUGUGCGGAUAAUUACUUGGACUGCACAUACGAUAUAUUGGCUAGAUGGUGAUAUGAUAUAUUACCUCUGUCUAAAUGGACCUAAUGAUAUAUUGGCUAGAUGGUGAUAUGAUACGACGGGUUUGAUGGUUCUUUUCAGGUGAGCAUGUUUAAUUUUUACGUGAAACUGACAAAAGCAAUCUGAAACAGAGGUUUUAUGGACUAUUUUAGGUGAAACUGUCGAGCUGUUAACGACAUGUACAUUAACAAACCAGAACUGUAGAACAGAACUAAACAUAAACGAAAAUAUAUUAGUCUAUGAAGGAAAAUGAUUUCAAAACGAUGGAUUGUGUUUUAUGUUUUAGAUGGUUUACAUUUGCACUAUAUAACGGAUUUCAAAAUGAUUGUUGUGUGGGUCAAAAUUUAUAACCACUCCAAUUUUAUAGGAUCCGAUUAAUAUUAGGAAUGAUAUAUUAUGAAGCCAUAUUAUUAGAAGAUAAAUGAAUGAUAACUGAUUUCUAGGAAUAAGUCCAAUAGGUCCAUUUUUUAAAAUAUCACACAUGAAUCAAGGUUGUGACUUCUGUUUUAAUAUAUAAGAUAUACACAAAAUCUCAACAAAUGAGUGCGUAUCCUUUUAGAAAAAAAUCUCUUUAUAGAUUGCUUCACCUAUAUAUAGCACUGAUCAUAUCACUUCUCAAAGCAAGAAAAUCCCACCUAGAAAAGGUUUCCGCAGAAGUUAUAAAUGAGUAGUUUUUGUCUUUUUGUCUUUUUGUUAUCAUUAGGUGUUAGUGUUCACCGUUUGCUCAUAUUAUUUCUUUUUAUAAGAUAAUCAUUCGCAUAUAUGUAUGUUAAAGAUGACUAAUAAAUAUUUUCAUUGUUGUAUUAGGAUGGAAUCAGGAGAAGCAUCGCAGCCACAAAAAGUUAAGAGCGGAUAUUUUCCAUGGACAUCUCAAGAGAGUCACUUGUUGAAACGUCUUCUUGUUGAUGGUAUCAGACGAGGAUGGCGUGAUUCAAAUGGCUCCUUGACCAAAAGAACAAUAGAGACAAAGGUAUUACCGAUUCUAAACAAACAGCUCAGGUGCAACAAGACUUACAAGCAUUACUUGAAUCGAAUGAAAUCCUUGAAAAAAGAAUAUCAUAGUUACACAGACCUGCUUCGAUUUAGCUCUGGUUUUGGGUGGGAUCCCGUAACUAAACAAUUCACAGCUCCCGACGAAGUAUGGGAAGAAUAUCUUAAGGCACAUCCAAAUAAUGAUAAUAUGAAGACUAAAACCUUUGAAGCUUUUGAAGACUUAGAAGUCAUUUUUGAAAGUGCUACAGCAAGGGGAAACAACGCAUUUGGACUUGGUGGUGAUGCAACUGCUGAAGCUUUUGAAGUUGAAAAUGAUGUUCAAGAAAGAGAAGAUGUGAACCAUAUGGAAAAUGGUACUGAGUCUAAUGAGACAACAUGUAGACCUUCUAAAGAAAAGUUGCCUUCUAGGAAGAGAGCUAAACCCAGUGGUGAUGGAGAACCAUCAGAAUCGAUUAACCUUGGUGAGCAUUCUGAAAAAGUGCUAAGUGAAAUGAUUGGAGUAAGCACUAACAUCAUGAAUCUUAUGCAACAAAGAGAAGAAAGGCAUCAAAAAGAAGCUGAAGAAAGAGAAUCUGAGAAGAGAAAGAAUAACAUUUGGGAUGCUAUCAAAGAGAUUCCUGGUCUGGAAAGAGAUAUCUGCUAUGAUGCAGUAACCAAAAUUCAUACCUUGAAUAUGAAAGAUGUCUUUCUUAGCAUGUCCGUUGAAGAGCGCUUGGGUUGGAUCCGUCGUAACGUUUAGGGUAUUAUUUAAGCUUUAGCUAUGCAUCUAAUAAAGUUCACGUAUGAAUUUGAAUAAUUGUGCUCAGAGUAGUAGUCAUUUUUUAGUUUUUAUUUAUUUGAAUAAUCUCUUUUGUCUCAGUCCCAUAAUAAAGGAUCCAAGCUUUUUUAUGUGUUAUAUAAGCUUUUUCUGUGUUAUACGUGAUCAGUCCGAUAUCAAAUAUCACACUAAACACUGAACUAUAUAAACGAUUAAAGAAAGUAUCACAUGGAGAGUGAAAGAGAAACAUCCAGUGUGAUAAUAUAAUUUAUAUUGUAGAGAAUCAUUUGCAAUUGUUUUAAAUUUUGCAACAAACUUCCAAAUUCAAAUUUAUAUAUGGUGCUUUUUCUUUAAUAAGUUGUUUGAAUUAGUCAACAAUGUCAUACUAUCCCAUGAAAAUAGAAACAAAUGUCAUACAACAAACUUCCAAAUUCAAAUUUAUAAGGGUGAUUUCCUUUAAUAUUAGUCAAGAAUGUCAUACGAUCGUAACUAUCCCAACAAAAUAGUACCUACAUGAAAGCAUCAAAUUUUAAACUUAACUUUACGAGCUUUAUAUAUAACCCGUGUAUCAAAAUCAAAAACAAAACUUAAGAGAACAAAUCGACAAAAAAAAAUUCGGUUUCUUAAUAGAUUACCUUUUCAUGGAUCAAAAUUUUCACGAAGAGAGAGACAUCAUGAUGGAUAUCGAGCAAACAGAAAAUGAUGAUUUUGAGGCGAGCAUAUUUCUUAUGGUGGUGAUGGUUGCUAUUGGAGCUCAGUUUCAAAACUCAAGAAAGUAUCUCAUGGGUCAAAAUUCUAUAGAACGUCCCCUUCGCCGGCCAGUCACAAUGCUCGGAGAACUAUACAUACAGAAGGUAUUAAAUGAGGAUCCAUAGAUCUUAUUGAUUAGUAUUAUGCAUUUUAAUAAAUUGCUACAGUCACUAAACUUUUGUAGUAGUAGUAACGCUUAUUUUUUUACUUUCAGUUUUAUCACUAAUAAAAUAAUGUUUGUUACCUUUUCAAUAGGAAAAAUUCAAAAAUCUCAUUGAUUUUGGAACGUGCAUUCUUUUAAAAUCCAUAAGAAAAAGCAAACAUGGGAAUUAUGUAAAUGCAUUAAAAUCUCAUCAAGUCUUAUAAACUACAGCAAAAAUUACUAUUUAUGAAUUCUUUCAAAUUCUAUUAAAUUCUUUGAUUGAAUACCACCUCCUUAUACCCCUUGGGUUAAUUAAUCCAAACCUUAGGGUUUA